AUGACAGAAUGUGAAGCAGAGGACCCGGAAGCUCACUUAGCCCCAGAGGAUCCCGAGGCAACAACGUACGAGAAUCACUUGAGCACGUCAGUUCCUGUAGAGGAAUUCUGGGACUACAUCCAAGAGAAAAUGGCAGCCGAUGGUUUCAAAGCCGAGUUCGCAGAAUUUCCCGCCGGACUCCAUGCCAAAGCUGAAGUGGCAAACCUUCCAUACAACAAGGCUAAAAGUCGCUACAAGAAUCUUGUCGCAUAUGACCACUCUCGUGUCGUCUUGAGACUCCAUGGACCCAAUGACAAAUCGGAUUACAUAAACGCCUGUUACAUUGACGUGAAAAACAAGACGAAGAUUCUCAAACAGUUUCACUUCUCGGCUUGGCCAGAUCACGGGGCACCUUCCGAUGCCACAAUUCUGCUUGACUUUCGAGAUAAGGUUCUGGAGUACAACUCGACUUUACCUGGACCAAUUAUCGUCCAUUGCAGUGCUGGGAUUGGACGCACGGGAACGUUCAUAGCUCUGGAUUACCUGAUCAAUCAGGCUAAAGAAGAGAAUGUGGUGAAUGUGCCGGCCUGUGUGAUGAUUCUGAGACAGCAGCGGGUCAACAUGGUGCAGACACAGGAACAGUACGAGUUUCUACAUGCAGCCCUGGGAGAAGCCUUGGAAUUCAGCGACAGUUCAAUUCCAUCUGUGAACUUUACCACCGUGUACUCUGACCUUUGCACUGUCGACCCCGAGACCGGACAGUCCAAGAUGGUCGCACAGUUUGAGGUCCUCCGGGAACUUUCACAACCCGCGAACAAGAUGCAAGUGGAAUCCGCCAGACAUCCGGACAACAUUUCCAAGAACAGAUACUCCAAAUUUUUAGCCCUUGAUAGCUGCAGGCCAUACCUGUCCACGCCAGUGUCCGACUGUAACGACUACAUCAAUGCUGUGUAUCUUCCGGGAUACAAACAGAAGAGGGGUUUUAUCCUAACUCAGACUCCUCUACCCAACACGGUCGUGGAUUUCUGGCGUCUGGUCUAUGAUCACAAAGUCAGUACCAUCAUCAUGUUGGACCGCGUGAAAACAGGGGAUAAGAAUGUUGGGGUGUAUUGGACAGAUAAGAAGGAAACGUUUAACCCGUUCGAGGUGGAGGUGACAGAUGUUGACCAGAGAGUGGAAUUCUCCACUUGGACUUACGAACUGAGCCACAAAGACAAGAAAGCACCUCAGCCCAUCAAAAAAUUCCGCUGCCCAUUUUUCACGAGUGAACCAACACUGGAGACUAUACCAACGCUUUUGACUGUACUACAGAGUGUUGACAUGUGGCGAGUUAAGGCUGGCGACGGACCUGUACUGGUUCAUUGCAGGGAUGGCGUGACAAAGAGUGGGUUGUUCUGUGUGGUUUGGACUGUGCUAGAAAGACUGAAGGUUGACCAGAACGUCAAUAUCCUACAGACUAUAAAGCAGAUGAGGAACAACAGACCGGAGAUUAUAACAGAUGUGGGUCAGCUUAACUUCAUCCACCAGGUCGUUUUGGGAUAUCUGGACAACUUCCAAACCUACGCUAAUUUCAGACCAAUGACAACAGAUUUGGAGGCGAUGUAA